AUGGAUUUAUCCAAACUUCCCGAUUAUCGACGACACCUUUCUAACCAAGACGCUGACAGACGGGAGAAAGUUAGCAAUACAAGAUCAAAGUCCUACCAUCAUGUUCACCAUCCACAUGUUAGACAUAAAGUUCUGACUUCUAUGUCAGAACCCAUAAUCACUGACUACACACAAGGACAGUUAGUGAAUAAUAACCACCAAACCCAGUAUGUUAAUGGUGCUAGUGUAAAUGCGCCAAAACAAAAUCCCUCUCUCUCUCUCUCUCUCUUCUCUCUCUCUUCUCUUUCCCCCCUCUCUCUCUUUCAUUUCCCCUCUCUCUCUCUUUCAUUCCCCCUCUCUCUCUUUCAUUCCCCCUCUCUCUUUCUUCCCCUCUUCCCCCUCUCUCCUCUCUCUUCUUUCCUCUCUUUUCCCCUCUUCUCCUCUCUCUUCCCCUCUCUCUCUCUUCCCCCUCUUCUCUCUCUCUCUUCUCCCUCUUUUCUUCUCUCUUCCCCCUCUCCUCUUCUCUCUCUUCCCCCCUCUUUUCUCUUCUCUCUCUUCCCCCCUCUUUUCUCUUCUCUCUCUUCCCCCCUUUUCUCUUCUCUCUCUUCCCCCCUCUCUUCUCUCUCUUCCCCCCUCUUCUCUCUUCUCUCUCUUCCCCCUCUUUUCUUCUCUCUCUUCCCCCUCUUUUCUCUUCCCCCCUCUUUCUCUCUCUUCCCCCUCUUUUCUCUCUCUUCCCCUCUCUUUCCCCUCUUCCCCCCUUUUCUCUUCUCUCUCUUCCCCCCUCUUUUCUCUUCUCUUUUUCCCUCUUUCUUCCCUUCUCCCCCCCUUUUUCUCUCUUCCCCCUUUUCUCUCUCUCUCUCCCCCCCUGUCAAUUUGUCAAUUUGCAUAUCAAACUGUCUUGAUAGGACAUUUGUGAAGUCUGGAAGCUCCCUUUUCGCUACUCGCAAAGUGGGUCCUCUUUAUCGUAAAUACUGUGAUACAGACAAUUGUGGCUUUGUUUAUGGCUCUAAAAACAUUGAAUUUGGUAAUUCCAAGAAAGUUACACAUUCAGAAAGCAGUUUCUCUGAAAUAUGGCAAGAUGGGGUUAAACAACUUGGAAUUCAAAAACCAAACCCCGAGAUGGCUUCCCGUCCUGAAAUUAGAGUCUUGAAUGAAAGCUAUGUGACGUCGGCCCUAGUUGCAGAUGACUUACCUUCAUCCUCUAAAUCCCUGUUUGGCACAAAAUCAAAUGGGAUGGAAAAGGUAGGCCAAGUUUCAGCGGCACUGCCUCCAGCAGGGAGUUCCACUGUUGCUGCUUCUUGGAAAAACUAUCAUAUGGGCAUUGCGAAUCCUGCCACUGAGCAUAAUGGAAACCGGUUUGUGGAAAACUAUGCAACGUCUAAUCACAAAAAUGACUUUGAUAAUGAGAAUUCUCAUCCAGAAACAGGGACUCGGGAAAUUAGCAUGAAGCUGAACAUGGCUUUAAAGAAAUAUGAUGGCUUGGACAAACUUAGAGAGAAGAUUAAAAGACAACAAUUGGCUAGCAAAGAUUCUCUUGGCUUAUGGCCACAUCAUGUUGAAAACACUGAUUCCUAUGGCAACAAUGCUAAUAGUAGUCCUGCCAUGAUGGAAGAGGAACCUCACACACCUGUACGAAAGGUAUCUUAUCAUUGUGGACAGCAUAUUGCAGACGAAGAAAAUGAAAGACGUGUAAAAGUGCGAAAAAUUUCCACAAGUGUCCCAUCUCCAUCAUAUAAAGGUUUUACUGAUCUUAAAGGAAAACCUCGUAACAAAAGCAGCAAUGCCACUAGUAAACUCAAGCCGAAACUUAAAGAGACAAAUAUGGAGUCCAAAAUCAACGAUAAAAUCCUAACCUCAUCAUCAUCAACAACAACCACCACCUCUGAUAAAUGUGAUAGCAAAACAAAUGUGAGUGAGCCUGUAAAUGAUAAAAACAAAUCUCGACGAAAAGAUCUGAUUACCCCUUCAUCGUGGCGAGAAGGUCAAGAAAUUAUUCGUCGUGUGCUGGGGCCUCCUCCAAAAAUCCCUGCUGCAAAACCAAAGUCAUUUGUUGACAAUCCAGAAGAAAUUAAUCUUGAAGAGAGCAAACUCACAGUUGGUGCCCGCCAAAUGCUUAAAGAUUUACAACUUAAUAAAAACUUAGAGGCAAAUAAUGCCACAAGUUUAGUUGAAGAGAUAGACAAGAUCCCACCAGAACCCAAACUUGACUCUAAGCCGAUGGUGAAACUGUUUCCUCAUGCAGUAAAAAGAAAGCCAACAAAAGUAACAGAACCUGAUAAGCAAGCCAAGGUGCGUCAUUAUAAUUCAGAAGAAGUCAGGAAGUUUAUAGCCAAGAAAAAAGAUGAGCGUUUACGAAAAGCUAAAGAAGACAAAAUGGCAAUGGUAAACCAAUGUAUGAAACGUCAAGAAAUGUUGCAGGAAGUUUAUCGUAAGCAGAGAGAAGCAACAGCAGCUCAGAGGAGAGAUGGCAGCAGUUCCAGGUGUAAAUCCGUCAAUGAUUGUACAAAAUCUGACUUCAAAGAUCGACCUGCAUUUGAUGUGGAUCUUUCUGGUGGUGGAAGUAGUGAUUUGCAUCUCAGCUUUAGUGAUGCCAGUUCAACAUUGACUACAAAUUCUCAUGAUAGUUCCACACAUCAGAUAACAUCUCAUGCUGAAAGUUCUCCAGCAGUGCUGCCAAUGAAAAGUUCUUCAUUUAAUGGAAGUGUUCCUGUUACUCGCACAUAUCCACGUCCUAUGAGCCAGAUUCUUGAGCAGAAUUUCUCUUCCUGGAAAACCAAUCAUCCAACUGUUGCUGUUUCUUCUAUAGAUCUUUUAUCCUCUGUUCCAAAGUCUGAUCCUGCUUCAUAUUUGGGACAAAUUGAAUUGAGUAAUAGGCGUCGCAUCAUGGAUAUACAUUCCUCAGCUGCUACACUUACAAAUAAACUUAGGGAAAUAUACAGACAAACUUCUGUUUCCGAUUCCAUGCCACAAACUGAAGAAUGUUAUUCUCCUUCAGUUGAUAUUUUGUCUGGAACUGGCCCUACUUAUGUUGGUACUCCAUUGGAUAAUGAUCUGCCAGGUGUUCAGAGCUUGAGAUUAAAAGCACAGGAAAUUUAUGAGAAAAAGGAACAGGAUGCAGCCACAAGAAUACAGGCAGUUUACAGAGGUUAUACUGUUCGAAAGAAUCUUAAGUGGCAAUAUUUAACUGGACUGCCUGACAUAGAAGAUCAGGCAACAUCAGGUUUCCAAACUAAUUCUUACCAAGAAAAAUCAGAUAAUACAUCUUUUGUAGACUGUGGUUUAGCAGUAAAUUCACCUGACUUUGGAAAAACUCCUAAAUUUAAGAGUUUGAUUCAUCAAUAUUUGACUGAUCAGCAAAGGGAUAGUCAGAAUCAUGCAUCUUUUACAAAUGACAUAAAAGAACACAAAUACCAGCCACGAUCCUCGACUCUUUAUCCAAAAUGUCCAUGGAAAGAUACGACGUCUGAUCAGUUCAGUAUUGUUAAUAUAUUUACAUCCAAGUACAAAGAUUUAAUUAAAACAGACUCUGAUCAUUCAUCGGAUGCAGUUGAGAAGCACAUUGCUAAAUUGCAUUCUCCUGCUGUGUCUCCAAUCAGUUCAAAUGGCAGCAACAAGACACUGGCACCACAGCUAUCUGUAAAUUUACCAAAGCAUAACUAUACUGGACUAUCAUCUAACGUGGGAAAGCCUGUUAAAGCUGAUAUCUGUUUAGAGGCAAAAGAAAAUGUCGUCGGUAUUCAGUCAGAGAAGAAAGAUGAAGCUUUAUCAGAUGCUGAAGUACUUGCUCAUGUCCCAUCAGAAACUGUAUCUAGCCAUUUUGAUGCAACAAGAAGCAAAUCCUCUCGUAAGUCUGGCAACCAAAGAGGAAUGUCUGCUCGGAAGAAAUUAAAUCUUUUCAAAGCUUCUUCCAAAUCUGUAAAUGUUGAUUCUCAUACAGAUACCAGUUUGCAGUCUUUUAGUGAAGACAGUGAAAUUGAUAAUCGUUCAACCAGUGAAGCCCCAUUACAGAGUCAGUCUACCUUGGGUGAUUCUACUGAUUCUGAUGUAUCCAGUUUGUUAAAUGAUCAAACAAAGACAUGUGCAAAUCACUCUUAUUCCAGGCUUUCCAGUUAUUCACAUCACCGAGGGAAAGAUACUGCUGGCCCCAACAUGGCCAGCAAACGCUAUGCUCCAAGCACAUUGCCUAUGAGAUUGCGUGCUGAACUUUACAACUUUGAACAGACUGUAGAAACUGUUUCUCUUGCUCAACAGGAAACCUUUUCUUUAGGACAAAUAUUCCAGAACCAGCAGCAGAAACAGGACCAAGAGCUACAUUACUGGGACCGUCUAAAACAUGCAGUGAAUCUAUUAGAUGGGAAAACUUCUGGUCCAACAUCACAAAUGCCUGAACAUUCGGAAGCCCUUAUGUCUGGCGAUCAGUCAUUUUCUCUGAAAAGUAUCACCGCUCACGAAGAGAAGAAUACUUUGGCAAAGCAUCAAGCUGAGUCACUUUCAACACAAACUCAUGCUGCAAAAGUCAUUCCAAGCACAAUGGAGAAUCUAAGUAAUUCAGAUAUAAGUGAAUCUUCGUAUAGCCACAGCCAUGCUAAACACUUGAAUUCUGCCGCAGGGAAAUAUUCUCCAACUUCUACUUCACAAACAGAAUCAAAACGCCGUUCACACCGUAAAAAUUUGCAUCACUCAUCUCAUCAUGAAAGUCAGCAUAGUGAUGAAAGUAGCAGCAGCAAUAGCAGGUGUUCAGUGAAGACUGCCAGUGAUGUAAGGGUUGGUGAGGAAAUGUCUGAUAGUAUCACUGAAGACAUUUCUGAUGGUUCCAUCAUUGAGGCUAGUUCUGUGAGCAUGUCUGCUUCCAAACAGUCUUGGCAUUCCAGCAAGCAGAGAAUAUCUAAGGAAGCCUGGAAAGUACAAUUAGAAGAAGAGAAACAUAGAGCUCAAAAAGAGGAUGCUAUUUGGCAGAGUAAAUUGAAGGAAGUUCAAGAGAAGUUGAAUAGUCUUCAACAUCCAUUGAUUAAGAAAGAGUUAGAUGAAGUGCUUCCAGAAUUAGUCAAAAGAAAAUUAGUUGUUCUUGAGGAAGUGCCUCGAAUGAUGGCUGAACUUCAGGAAUUAACUGACAAACAAGAAGCAUUAAGGAAAGAACAUUAUAAGAAAGUUAAAUCACUACUAAAAUCUCAGGCUAACUCUGAAAGCAGAAACAGAGACAGCAGUAAAUCUGACUCUGAAAUUUAUGGUCCUUCAAAAAGGACAAAAGGACGUGGAUCCAGCCUGGAACAUGGCAGCAUGAGUGAUAUGUAUGUAUCAAAGCAGAAGUGCCUUGCUGAGAAAAAGUUGGAGAUUCAAGCUUUGGAGAAGAGAUUGCAGCACGAGGAGAAAUAUUUGCACAAGUUGAAGAAGGAAACUUUGAAGAAAUGCAAUGAACCACAUGCAAACAGCAGCAGCAUUAAAGGUUCAAUAAAAGAGGAUCUCUCAGAACACAGGGACAGACAUAAUUCUAGAAGAUGCCUUGAUAACUAUUCCCAUUCAAGUGAUCAUUCAAUUUCAGAGGCAUUAAAUGCUACAACUACCUCCUUACCAGCAUCCCUUACUACAGGUCUGAGCAAAGGCCAUUAUCUAGUCAGUGGUGGCAAAAGCUCUAUCAGUGAGGACAUUCAAGAACAAUUUUCUCGGGCUUCAAAUCACAGCAAAUCGCAAAAGCAAUAUGCCUGUGUUAAUGAAACUUCCAUUGCAGAAGAUAUAAAUUCGCAGACAAGGAAGGAUAACUCUUCAUAUAGCAAGAAGAUUAAACCUUCUGCUUCAGAAUCUGGUGAUGAUACAGCCACCAAUGAUGAAUACAGCCGAAGUUUUGAAACUUCUAUCAGCAGCAGCUACAGGGCUUCUCCUGUUCGUCAACUUCCAAGGCCUUUAGUAGGUGCGAGAAAUGGUAGUUUGUCAUUCAAAUCGUCCAGGUCAUCCAGGUGUAGGCUUCGAGGCUCUGAGAGUGACACUGAGGAUUCUUUUCAGUCAGAAACUCUUUCAGAUGCAAGUGACAUAGAAGUAAGAAUCCGUGCUCUUUCUGAGGAUUUGAGAAAAAAAAAGAUUGAAGCUGAUAGACUUCGACAUGAAAAAAAAGCCAAAUACCGGGAAAAGCUAGAAGCACAAGAAGAAUCUCUCAUCAAACAAAUCGAGGCUUAUGACAAUUACAUUAAACAGAUUAAAGAAGAAUUACAAAAAGAACAUGAUACUUCAAGUAAAAAGGGGGUCAAACCUCAAAUAAAACAACCCAAAGUGUCAGAAUCACGUAAGUUCAAGCAAAGAUCAACUCCAGAUAUCAGCCCAGCCCAAAUGAGCAAAAGAGAUUCUACAGGGUCAAGUGCAGAUGAAACCCUGCCUACAUCGCCGUUGUCUCCAGUCAAACAUGAAUUUCAACCAGAAAUUUCUAUUUGUUCCGGAACAUUGUCACCUCGAUUUCCAGCCGCAAACAAAAGUGAUAUCAGCAAGCAGUCUUCUCCUCCACUUGCCAGCCAUCUUGUUCAGCAAAGCAGUCCUAAUGAAGUGCCUCACACGUCAACAACAGACAUUAAAACAAAGAGCAUUCCUGAAGAAUUUGAUGAAAAGACUAUUUCUUCCCCUAGGUCUGUUAGUAUCAGUGGCUUGAGUAAAAUGACCAAAGAAGCACCUUCAUCUGCUAAGGAGGUCUUGAAUUCUGCAAAAGUUGAUUCAUUGGCAAACUUGGCUUCAAGAACAUCUUCUCAGCCUAACACUGAAACUACCAAAUUAUCUAAAGAGUAUGAAAACCAGGUUGAUUCCGGACACCUUCCCACUGACAAGUCUGUACAUUUGGGUACACUUUUGUCCGAGAUUUCUGAAAGUAUCUCUGAGAAAAUUGAGUCAAUGGCUUCAUCCAGUGCCUUGUCUAAAACCAGCAACAAUGACAAAACCAUAUUGAAAUUAAAUCUAAAUGAAGAGAAUUCUUACCAACUGGCAAAUGCAGAAUCUGAGACAAAACAGAGUGAAGAUUCUGUCAAAGCAAAAGAUAAACUGGGAGACUCAACCUCAUUUUCCGAACAAUAUUCAGAAGACUUUGAAGUUGAUAAGACUGUAAGCAGCCAGCCUUCCCAAUCUUUUGAUGAGCUUGAAGAUGAUGACAAAAGUAAAGAUGAAGAAAUGAGUCAGUAUUCUCUUGAUAAGACAAUUUCAGAGGUCGAACAAGAAGAUGAGAUUAGUGAGCAAUUUUCAGUUCAUAGUGAUACCAGUGCCAGGACAUCUCCUUCGAAAUCCCUCAUUCUCUCUAAUAGUCCAAGAGGCAUCCCUGAUGGCCAAUUUGACAUUUCUGCAACCUCUUUACAUGCCAGUCCAGUUUCUUUAACUCCUGAGCAGAAUGUUUCCAAGGAAUCGACAGAUAGACUGAUUGAUUCUGAAUUGCAAGAAAACAUGGAGGGCUUAUCUUCUGUCAGCAUUGAGCCACAACCGUUAGUAGAUUCUGGAGAUGGUGUUCUUAAUAGCACAUCAAAGCAAAUUGAGAAUGUUGUUGAUGAAAUUCUCAACAAGUUUGUGUCAGAGUCAGUUUCAACAAUAUGCAAGAUAGCAGCUGGGAAAAAAGAAAAAAUGUCCAAUGUGAAGAAAGCUGCACCAGCCGUGUUGCCAAAACCAAAGAGAAAAACCUCCCCUGACCAAAGCCAGUCAGUGACCCUCCCUGUAACAGUAGCAGAAGAGAAUGACAAUGAAAAGUAUGAAUCUGCUACAAUCCUGACAUCAGAAGUCUUGACAGAAUCAAAGCCCCUAACUGAACCUGAAAAGACUAAAGAUGAUAAAUACAAGAGAAUUAAACAACAGUUAACCAAUGAACUGAUGGAAUCUCUUCUGGCAGAGUCAAUAAAAAAAGUUCUUGAUGUCAGGCAAAGGAAGAUUGAUAAUACUAAACCAGUUUCCCUUGUUAAGAGUCCUCAGGAAAUUAUUAUUGAUGAGAAAAAGAUUACAACACGAAAGAGUUCCAGUUUUGAAGUACCAGCUUUUAGUCUUGAUGACGAUCCUUUCCUUUGGAGCCUGUCACCGGAUUCUGAGUCUUCAGAUGACUUUCCACAGGCUGACAGUGAUGAGUUUGAUAAAAAUAUCCCGAGGCCACAUUCCCCUUUACCAAAUGAACCAAAGCCAUUGUUGUUGUCAGAUGAUGUUGCUGAGAAUAUUUGGUCAGAUUUGGUGCCAUACAAACCCCCACCUCCUUACCCUGGACAUGAUGCAGACCCUAAUUUAGAACUCCAGAAACUUUCAAAGGAAUUUUAUGCAGUUCCCCAAAAGCGUGAAAAGAUUAACCAACUUGUGUCAAGUGCAGUGGAAGCAUUCUGGCAGGACAGGCUCAAUGGUUGCUCCUUGAAUGACACCACGAUGCCUGACUGCUUUUUGACCGUGUCAGAUGACCUGGUCUCUGAAAUGGAUCAGGCAAGCUGCAGGUCUUACAAAAAAAUGCUUUUUGACUUAACAAAAGAAAUUAUUGAAGAAGUAUACCAAGGUGAUGACAGCCAGGGUAAUGAUGGCAACAACAACAAUCACCACCCUGCAAAGAAUUACAGCAGUCAUCCAAUGGCGAAACUCGUUCACCGCAAAUGCCAUCCUGUCAUUAAUAAAUAUUACCGCCAAAGUCGGACUCCACCCAGCAGUCCUGAAGAGCUGCAGAAAGUUGUCAAAGACGCUGUGGCUGGUCUUUUGCAAGUGGACAAUUCAGACACUGGACUUGGCUGCAGAUUGGGCAGGAUGCAGGAAUUUGACAAGUGGAAAACAUCGAAAAAGGACCAUGUGGAUCGGAUUUUGAUUCAAGAGUUGCAGGAAGAAGAGUCACAGUGGGUCGAUUAUGAUGCGGAUGUGCACGAGUUGAAAGUGCAGCUGGUCAACACUAUUUUUGAUUCUCUUAUUACGAAAACUGUUGAAACCUUCAAAAAUAUUUACAACAAACGCAACCAACGACGGCAGCAACUGCAGCAGACAGUUUAG